AAGUCCUUGUUGAAGUCCCUGCUCCAGAGCCUCUCACAGUGGAGUUUUUGGAUGUAUUUGAGAGGAGAGACAACAUGAAGACGAAAUAAAACACCUCACAGUGUGGUCUCCAUGUAGGAGCUCAUUGUUCCUGACUCUCUCCUGUGACAAAGGACAGAAGGGAGUGGCCUUCUCCUCAUUUCCAGCUCCUUCUGACUGUGAGUGUGAGGUGAGCUGAUUAACAGGCUGUGCGGACUCCUUUGAAGGCACAUUCUGGGACUCCUCAACAUAUUGUCACCUGAGAAAACAACACAGAUCCCUAUCAGGACCAGGACCAAAUGGCUGCUUCUCAGGAACCGUUGACCUUCAUGGAUGUGGCCAUAGAGUUCUCUCAGGAGGAGUGGGAAUGCCUGGACCCAGUUCAGCGGAAAUUGUACAUGGAUGUGAUGUUGGAGAACUAUAGCAACCUGGCCUCCCUGAUCCAUCAGGUUAUUCCUAUUGUGAAGAAGACACACAAAAGAAGUAAAUGUGUCCAGUCUUUUCAGCAAUCAUCAAAUUACAAUGAACAAGAGAAUAUUCAUACUGGAGAGAAGCCUUACAAAUGUAAAGCAUGUGGCAAAGCCUUUAAGUGUCAUUCAUCUCUCAUUGUACAUAAGGGAAGAAUUCAUACUAUUGCAAAAUUUUACAAACUCACGGCAAAUGGAAAAGGCUUUAGUCAGUCCUCCAGACAUACUCAGCAUCAUAGAAAUCAUACGGGAGAAAAGUCUUAUAAAUGUUCAGAAUGUGGCAAAGCCUUUACCCAGCACUCAAGCCUUAGUAUUCAUCUGAGAAUUCACACUGGAAAGAAACCUUAUGAAUGUAAUGAAUCUGGCAAAGCCUCUAGACGGUCCUCACACCUUACUUAUCAUCAGGGAGUUCACACACGAAAGAAGCCUUAUAAAUGUAGAGAUUGUGGCAAAACCUGUUAUAGCUUCUCAGAUCUUACUAAGCAUCAGAGAGUUCAUACUGGCGAGAAGCCUUAUAAAUGUAGAGAAUGUGACAAAGUCUUCAGAUGGCCCUCAAACCUUACAACCCAUCAAAGAGUUCAUACUGGACAGAAGCCUUAUAAAUGUAGAGAAUGUGGCAAAGCUUUUAUCGAUUCCUCCAACCUUAAAAAUCAUCAGAUUGUUCAUACUGGAGAAAAGCCUUAUAAAUGUAGAGAAUGUGGCAAAGCAUUCAGUACGUCCGCAAAACUUAAUCAUCAUCACAGAGUUCAUACUGGAGAGAAACCUUAUAAAUGUAGAGAAUGUGUUAAAUCCUAUAGAUCGUCCUCACAACUUACUAGGCAUCAGAGAGUUCAUACUGGAGAGAAGCCUUAUAAAUGUAGAGAAUUAUGUGGCAAGGCCUUUAGAAGGUCCUCAGAAGUCUUAUACCAUAUAUGUAGAGAAUGUGGGAAAACCUUCAGUGUAGCAUCAUACAUAAAUUAUCGUCAGAGAGUUUACACUGGAGAGAAGCCUUAUAAAUGUAGAGUAUGUGUCAAAUCUGUUGGUUGGUCUUCAGACUUUACUGCACAGUGGAGAGAUCAUACUGGAGAGAAGCCUGUAAAAUGUAAAAAGUAUGACAAAGCUUUUAUUUACUGUUUCUGCCAUACUAGACAGCAUAGAUUUCAUAGUUGAGAGAAGUCUUAGAGAUGUGCAGCGUUUCAUGAGUCCUUGACCAGCAGUGAGAACUUACUGAACAUCACAGAAUUCUGCCUGGCAACAAGCCUUAUGAAUGUGAAAUAUGUAGUAAAGUCUUUAACACAUUGUUUGCGGGUAG